GGCAGCCAAUGAGUGCGCUCGGGGAAAGCCGCGAGGCCAAUAUGGCUUCCUGCACCUGGUGACUGUUGAAGAAACAGUGUUAAGUCUCAUGGAGAAGACCAGGGGCCUCGAGGAGCCUCCACCUUUGGAACCAAUGGAGGAAGAAGAGGAAGAAGACGACUUGGAGCUCUUUGGCGGCUAUGACAGUUUCCGGAGUUAUAACAGCAGUGUGGGAAGUGAGAGCAGCUCCUAUUUGGAGGAGUCAAGUGAAGCGGAAAAUGAGGAUCGAGAAGCAGGGGAGCUGCCCACCUCCCCGCUGCAUUUGCUGAGUCCUGGGACCCCACGCUCCUUGGAUGGCAGUGGUUCUGAGCCAGCUGUCUGUGAGAUGUGUGGUAUCGUGGGUACAAGGGAAGCCUUCUUCUCCAAGACCAAGAGAUUCUGCAGUGUCUCCUGUUCCCGGAGCUACUCCUCCAACUCCAAGAAAGCCAGUAUCUUGGCUAGAUUACAGGGAAAACCACCUACCAAGAAAGCCAAAGUCCUGCACAAGGCAGCCUGGUCAGCCAAAAUCGGAGCCUUCCUCCACUCCCAAGGGACAGGACAGCUAGCAGAUGGGACACCCACAGGGCAAGACGCUCUGGUCUUGGGUUUCGACUGGGGAAAGUUCCUGAAGGAUCACAGUUACAAGGCUGCCCCUGUCAGCUGUUUUAAACAUGUCCCACUCUAUGACCAGUGGGAGGACGUGAUGAAGGGGAUGAAGGUGGAGGUGCUCAACAGCGACGCCGUGCUCCCCAGCCGGGUGUACUGGAUCGCCUCUGUCACGCAGGCAGCAGGGUACCGGGUGCUGCUCCGCUAUGAAGGCUUCGAAAAUGAUGCCAGCCAUGACUUCUGGUGCAACCUGGGGACCGUGGAUGUCCACCCCAUCGGCUGGUGCGCCAUCAACAGCAAGAUCCUCGUGCCCCCACGGACCAUCCAUGCCAAGUUCACCGACUGGAAGGGGUACCUCAUGAAGCGACUGGUGGGCUCCAGGACGCUGCCUGUGGAUUUCCAUAUCAAGAUGGUGGAGAGCAUGAAGUACCCCUUUCGGCAGGGCAUGCGGCUGGAGGUGGUGGACAAGUCCCAGGUGUCACGGACCCGUAUGGCCGUGGUGGACACAGUAAUUGGAGGUCGCCUACGGCUCCUCUAUGAGGAUGGCGACAGUGACGAUGACUUCUGGUGCCACAUGUGGAGCCCCCUGAUUCACCCAGUGGGCUGGUCGCGGCGUGUUGGCCACGGCAUCAAGCUCUCAGAGAGGCGCAGUGACAUGGCCCACCAUCCCACCUUCCGGAAAAUCUACUGUGAUGCUGUUCCUUACCUGUUCAAGAAGGUUCGUGCUGUCUACACGGAAGGUGGUUGGUUUGAGGAGGGGAUGAAACUGGAGGCCAUUGACCCCCUGAAUCUGGGCAACAUUUGUGUGGCAACCAUCUGCAAGGUUCUCCUGGAUGGCUACCUGAUGAUCUGUGUGGAUGGGGGGCCCUCCACAGAUGGCUCAGACUGGUUCUGUUACCACGCCUCCUCCCACGCCAUAUUCCCAGCCGCCUUCUGCCAAAAGAAUGACAUUGAGCUCACACCCCCAAAAGGGUACGAGGCACACACUUUCAACUGGGAUGCCUACUUGGAGAAGACCAAGUCAAAAGCAGCCCCAUCGAGGCUCUUUAACAUGGACUGCCCCAACCAUGGCUUCAAGGUGGGCAUGAAGCUAGAGGCCGUGGACCUGAUGGAACCCCGGCUCAUCUGCGUGGCCACGGUGAAGCAGGUGGUGCAUCGGCUCCUCAGCAUCCACUUCGAUGGCUGGGACAGCGAGUAUGACCAGUGGGUGGACUGUGAGUCCCCGGACAUCUACCCCGUCGGCUGGUGUGAGCUCACCGGCUACCAGCUGCAGCCGCCGGUGGCCGCAGAGCCAACCACACCUCUCAAGGCCAAAGAGGCCACAAAGAAGAAAAAGAAACAGUUUGGAAAGAAAAGGAAAAGAAUACCACCACCCAAGACCCGGCUCCUCCGACAGGGGUCCCAGAAGCCCCUUCUGGAGGACAGCCUGCAGGCCUCAGAGAAGACAUGCUUGGAGCCUGUUCCCCAAGAGAUCAUUGCCGUGCGUGUGAAGGAGGAGCAUCUAGACACAGCUGCGCCUGACAAGGCCCUGAGUCCAGAGUUGCCUGUUCCCAUCGAGAACAUCAAACAGGAGACAGACGAAUGAGCCUGCCCUGUGACAGCCUGGCCACCCAGCCGGGAGCCACCCCAGGGCUCCUCCUGUCCUGCCGUCAUCUCUCUACCCCACUUGUGUUUGGAGACUGAGCCUUUUGGCAUAAGUUCUGCUGGUGCUGUGGGCCAGGCACUGCACACGUGACCAGCCGGGACCUCCUUUGACCCCCUGUACCUCUGCUCUUCUGUCGGGCACGGCCUGCAUGACAGGCUGUCUGAGGCCCCCAAACCUGUCUGUGAGUGACCCCCUCUCUGCUGGAGUUCCCGGAGUUCUCCUUAGAGUAACUCCCUCCUCACCCCCACACCUCUCAGCUGCCAGGGGCGGGGGCUGCUCCCGAGGCCUACUGAAGACAGUGGGGCAUGUGUGUGCGGGGGGUGAGGGGGCGGCAAGCAAAUAGUCCAAAAUAAAGGCCUGGAGCCGCUCUCAGGGAUUGAGGG